UUUAGAGCCAUCAGGAGGAUACUCUUAUCAACGUUUUAAGUGGCGGCAAAAAAUUUAUCGAUAUCAGUGAAAAGGGCAUAGAUUUCAAUUUCCUUGGUUUCUCGGCUGGUAUCGACGUCCUUGCCGAAAGUAAACCAAAAUCAGUCCUGGGGGGAUUGAAAGCCAAAGUUUCGACCCCGUGGGGCUCAACGGCGUCUGCAGGAUUUGAAGGAAACGUAGGGCCGGCUGGUUUGGGUGGAGGGUUGUCAGCUCGUGCUGCUUUAACUCCUGACAUAGCAGCAACGGCAGGCCUAGAAGGAAACAUUAAUACAAAAGGUAUUAAUGGUGGGGUCAAAGCAGGUGCGAAAUCCCCUAUUAGCGGAGAACACAUCGCUCAAUUAAGCGGUGAACAGACAUUUAAACGCAGCGAAUGAAAAUUGGCUGUCGAAAUUUUUUUUUAAAACUUUUCGUUUAAGUCAUAAGUUGUUAUCAAAUUUAAGGAUCAUAUCAGAAGUGUUGUAUAUAUCAAGAAUUAAUGAUAAUCGAUCGGUAAUCGGUCUUAUUGGAAUAAAUCUGUUUCGCUGAGAAUAAUUUGCCCAGUUUUUUCGUAUAUUUUUAAUCAUAAGAUAAUACGUGUUAUAAAAAGACGAUAGCAUAUCGAUAAGUUACAUAAGCACCAGGCCAUACAGUCUUGGCUUGAUUCAAGCUAUAUCUACCUCUUUGCCGGUGUGUUAUUGUACACGUCUAUUGUUCAAAUUCGCCGAUUAGUUGUAGCAAGAUGGGUGAUGUUGUUGUUGUCGGUUCGUGUAUGGUUGACUUUUCAUGCUAUGCCUCACGCUUUCCAAAAGUCGGAGAGACGAUGUGUGGCGAAAAGUUUGUCACUAGUAACGGUGGAAAGGGAGCAAACCAGUGCGUUGCUGCCGCAAGACUAGGUGCUUCGACAGCCUUAAUCGCAUCGCUAGGUGCCGAUAGCUUGGGAAAGGAAUACUUUGAGAAACUAAAGCUAGAGAAUAUAAAUGUAUCGAAGGUGCAUCUGCGCGAAGGCAUACACAGCGGCAUUGCGCAAAUUACUGUAGCUGAUAGCGGCGAAAAUACCAUAAUCAUUGUCCCUGGAGCGAACACACUUCUAAGUCCUGAAGAUGUCGACGAUGCCGAGGAACUGAUCAAAAACGCCAAGGUUUUGCUAUGCCAAUUUGAAGUACCGACAGCACCUACGCUGCAAGCUUUGAAACUAUUCAAAGGCCGUGGUCUAUCUAUUUUGAACGGUGCUCCAGCUAUGCCAAAUCCAGAUCCAGAGUUGUUAAAAUCCUGUGACAUUUUUUGUGUGAAUGAAACAGAGGCUGAGAUUAUGACCGGUGUUCCAGUAACUGGAUUAUACGAGUCACAAAUUGCUGUGAACAAACUUUUACAAAAAGAGUGUAACGCGGUUCUGUUAACACUCGGCGCCCUAGGAGCAGUUUAUGCCUCUCAAAGUAAUCCAAAUGUAAUCCACAUUCCGACGGAGAAAGUCAAAGCUAUCGACACUACUGGAGCUGGUGACGCUUUUCUAGGAUCAUUCGCUUAUUUCGCUGCAUACCAUGCUGGUUUGUCCAUAGAUCAGAUAGCGAAGAGAGCGUGUUUCGUCGCGUCUCAAUCUGUUUUGAGGAUUGGUACUCAAUCGAGUUUUCCAUACAAACAAGAUCUUCCAGCAGAUUUAUUCUCUCGUUACGUUUCGCGAUUUCCUAAAGGAGGUGAGACGAUAUGUGGUAAAAAAUUAUUAACGUGUCACGGGGGAAAAGGAGCAAACCAAUGUAUUUCCGCAGCAAGAUUAGGUGCUUCGACUGGCUUUGUUGCAUCGUUAGGUGAUGAUAGCUUUGGACAGAAAUAUUUGGAGCAAUUGAAGCACGAAAAUGUUGACAUUUCAAAAAUUUAUAUACAAGAAGGGGUAUCCAGUGACGCGUCUCAAAUCACUGUAACAGACAGCGGCGAAAACACUAUUAUUUUCGUACCUGGAGCAAACAGACUUUUAACACCCGAUAAUAUCAACGAUGCAGCAGAUUUGAUAAGAAGCGCCAAAGUCUUGCUGUGUCAAUUCGAAAUACAGCCACCAUUACCAACGUUGCAGGCACUGAAAAUCUUCAAGGGUCAUGGUCUAUCGAUUUUGAACGGAGCACCAGCGAUACAAAAUCCUGAUCCUGAUUUGCUGAAAUUGUGCGAUAUUUUUUGUGUGAAUGAGACGGAGGCUGAAAUAAUGACAGGUAUUUCCGUUACUGGAAUACCUGAAGCACAAACGGCCGUGAACGAGCUUCUAUCUCGAGGAUGUAAUACAGUUAUUCUAACGCUUGGAGUGUUGGGAGCAGUUUUUGCCAGCCAAAGCAACAGAAAUAUAGUCCACGUUCCAACUGAACAAGUUAAAGCUGUUGAUACAACUGGUGCCGGUGAUGCUUUCUUAGGAUCUUUUGCCUAUUUUGCUGCGUACCAUGACAAUUUGUCGCUGGCAGAGAAAGUGAAGAGAGCGUGUUACGUCGCGUCGCAAAGUGUUCAAAGGGUUGGAACCCAGGAAAAUUUCCCCUACAAGACGGAUCUUCCAGCUAAGCUGUUUGCUCGUUAAACCAGCCAUUACAUAAACAGCUGUCUUUGAAACAUGUGAAAUGCUAAAGAAAUAUGAUAAUGACAUACUUGAAUGAAUAAUGUAUACUUUAUGCAAAAUAACGUGACUAAUGAUAAAUUGUUUUUAAUGACAUUAGCGAUAAAGCGAUACAUCUUUAUCAAAAUCGAAUACAUUUAUGUGGAUUCUGUUAAAAACGAGGAAGCAAAAGGUGACAUAAUUUAAAAUAAUUAACCAAACCAUAUUCAGACCUUAGCCGCAAUCAUAGUUUACUACUUCCGUUUCAUUGCAGUUGAUAAAGAACAAAUUUAACGGACCGUAAAAAGUUAAAGGAUAGUAAAACGUAAGAACAUGCCACA